UCCCCUCCCAACCACUCCCAGCCUCCCUCACUCUCACUCUCUCCCUCUCUCUCUCUCUGUGUGAUGCUGCAGCUCCUGUAGUCUCUCCAGUCUCCAGUAAACAGCAGUCAUGGCGACAGUGGUCCAACCGCUCACUCUGGAUCGAGAUGUUGCCAGGGCUAUCGAGCUGCUGGAGAAGCUGCAGGAGUCGGGUGACGUGCCCGGUCACAAGCUCCAGUCUCUGAAGAAGGUGCUUCAGAGUGAGUUCUGCACAGCUAUCAGAGAGGUGUACCAGUACAUGCAUGAAACAAUUACAGUGAAUGGCUGUCCAGAGUACCAGGCGAGGGCCACAGCUAAGGCCACAGUGGCGGCCUUCGCAGCCAGCGAGGGUCACUCUCACCCGCGGGUGGUGGAGCUACCCAAGACGGAGGAAGGCCUGGGCUUCAACGUGAUGGGCGGCAAAGAACAGAACUCACCCAUCUACAUCUCCCGCAUCAUUCCCGGAGGCGUGGCUGAGAGGCACGGCGGCCUAAAGCGAGGGGACCAGCUCCUGUCCGUCAACGGCGUGAGCGUGGAGGGAGAGCAUCACGAGAAGGCGGUGGAGCUGCUGAAGGCGGCCAAGGACAGUGUGAAGCUGGUGGUUCGCUACACCCCCAAAGUGUUGGAGGAGAUGGAGGCUCGCUUCGAGAAGCUCCGCACGGCCCGGCGGCGCCAGCAGCAGCAGCUCCUCAUGCAGCAGCAGCAACAGCAGAACCUGUCCUCUCAGCAGAACCACAUGUCGUAGGUUGUUCCAAAAGAAGAGGAAGUGAAGGCGAGCGGGAGGGAGGGAAGAAAAAAAAAAGAGGUGGAUCUCAAAGACCAUCUGUUUGUGUGUGAGGAAGAACCCAAAGGAAACGCACCGUCGCGGAGGAAAAAACCUACAAGUAAAAGACUCUUUUACUUACUUACUCUCUCUCCCUUCCAGUGUACCAACAGUUACUGAGCAAAAACAAAGAGAGCCGUGUGUCCCGACAUUGGUGCUUUGAGGGAGGCGAGCGCUGACGGUCGUCCAUUUUAACUUUGUAUUCCCUUUUAUAAGUUGUUCCCCUCCGAUUGUGACUCUUACUGAAACUCUUGUGUUCCUUGUUUUGUUUACAGUCACCCAUUUUUGAUUGCUUACUGACAUCCAUUGGCACCUUCGCCAUUUUGCCAUAGAUAUCAUUUGUACAGUGGUGUUUCUAUUGAUUCUUCAACUGGUGCUUGUGUCUCUGUAUGAAUGACCAUUGAUUUCUUUCUUUCUUCUUCUUUUUUUUGUGUCAAAUUCGUCCUGUUUUGGAUAAACGUGAACUCUUUUUUACCUUCUAUAUUGUAGCAAGAAAAAAGGUUUUUUAUCUUGUAGAUUUAGCAAUAACAGACAUUCUUCAGUUUUUUCAUUUUCAUUUGACUAAAUUCACAGUAGAUGCAGAGUUUACGGGAUGGGUGCAACAUGUAAAUCACUGUAAAGCAAUCUGGUUUUUCCAUGCACUGUAAGGCAGCUUCUAAACAGUCCAGAUUUAUCCUUCUAUGCCAUUUAAAUAGAUUACUGACGUACAAGGUGGCAUGUACAAUUAAUGUGCAAUAAUUAGCCGACUUCAUAAGCUUCUCCCAGCUGAGAUUUAUCCAGAAGAUAUAUAGUAACAAAGAGGUUCAGAUCAAUCCUCAGAAAUAUUAUCCGUGUCCUACAAGAAUGAAUUAAAUCUAAAUACGCUAGAUUUAUGUUUAUAUUUCAGACUUUUCUAUUUUAUAGUUUAUGAGAUGAGAGAUUUAACAUAAAGUUUUAUUGUUCCUUUAAAAUAUUAUUACGUAUUCCUUCUAAAACAUGCAGAUUAUUAUUUAAGAUAUAUUAGUUGUAUAACUAGCACAUAGUUUAUGUGAAUCUGUUUUCUCUUUAGACAAUCAUUGUGAGCUACGAUGAGACUGAGUACAAUGUUUUAGCUUCUUUUUGUUUUCCUUCUGUACCUGUAAGGGAAACCUGUUUUCUCUGAGCCUGGGUUAAAGUGGUGAUCUGCCAGGCCUGUGUUCACUCCAUCUUUGGUGCUAAGUGCUCCUUGUUUGUUUUUUCUUUUCUUAUCGCUAUUGCCAGAAAUCGCUUUGUGUUUCUUGAUACCGUCUCGUGUUUUCUUUUGAUUCGUCCUCAUUUUCCGUAGGAGGCACUCUUCUCUUUGUUCCACCAUUCAGACUCUCACCCUCAGGCCAUUCUUCUCUUUAUCCGAAGCUAACCAAAAAACAAAAAACAAACAAAAAAAAACACAUAAUUGUUUCUUGUAUGCCAGAGGAUUUUAUUUUAUUUUAUUUUAUUUUUUCCCUCCGAGGAGCGACCAGAUGUAAGUUAAGAACGGCGAAUGAAAAGUUGUUAAGCUGCAUUUUCAUAAAAAUGUUGUGGAUUAUUUAUUUUGCAUCACAGAUUUAUUGUUGAUGUAAAGAUUCAUUUUUACUUUUUUAUCUGUUCUGAUCUACAUUAUACAUCCGAUCGCACAAGCCCAGCAGAGCAGACGUCUUCUACAUGCAUAUUACGUGCCACGCUGCCAGAUAUCGUCAUUUCCUAAAUAACCUGUCAGCACUUUAAGGUCACUUAAUGCUGAAGCUUUUAUAUUAGGUGACUUUAAGGCUCAGGUUUUACAGGAUAUCCAGAAGUUUUUGUCCCUCACUCAAUCGUCAAGCAGAACAUCGACAUACGACAGAUCCCUUUUUGUAUCUUUAAAUCACAGGUACUCUUUCUUAAUUGACUUGCAUUUUUGAAGCUGAUGGUCCUGUACUUACCGUAAAGAUUUAAAAAAAAGAAAAGAAAAAAAAAGACAACAAAUGUUGAUAUGCAAUUGUUAUACAUACUAUAUUUGUAUAAAUAAAUCUAUGUGCUUGUGUACAGUGAA